GGCAAGAAUUGGUCUGAAAAAACACCAACGAACAGUUUUGAUUCGAGAUUCGAAGAUACUCAUAAUGGUGGUCAACGAAAAGGUCAAACUCGCAAUUACCGUAGCCUCUCUUGUGGCGGUGACAGUUCUGUUGGCGGCGGAGUAUCGGCGGCGGAGGAGGAAGCCGACAUCUUCUCCGAGCUCGUGUUAUCUCCAUUCCGAAACUAAGCCGCAGUUCGGCUUCAAACGCGUCCUUGCGGACAACUCUUACUCUGGAUUCAAACACUUGAAGAAGAAGAAGCUCGAGGAUGGAGAGAAACCUUCAAACUCUCAUCCGUACGAAAGUGAGAUCACUGCUUUGUUAGAGAAUCCUCGUCUUGAUGAGUUUGAGUUCUUGAGGGGAGAUUAUUCACUGGAGAUGAGCGGUUCAUAUGUUUGGGUUGAGACUGAGUCUGAGUUGAAGAAGCUUGCGGAAACAUUGGCUAAAGAAAAGGUUUUUGCGGUUGAUACAGAGCAGCAUAGCUUAAGAUCGUUUCUUGGUUUCACUGCUUUGAUUCAGAUUUCUACGCAAGAGGAGGAUUUUUUGGUGGACACGAUUGCGUUACAUGAUGUGAUGAGUAUACUUCGUCCUGUUUUCUCCAAUCCUGAUAUUUGUAAGGUGUUUCAUGGAGCCGACAACGAUGUUAUCUGGCUUCAAAGAGACUUCCAUAUAUAUGUUGUUAAUAUGUUUGAUACUGCCAAGGCAUGUGAGGUGUUGGCAAAGCCUCAAAGGUCACUGGCAUACUUACUUGAGUCAGUUUGUGGAGUGUCUACUAACAAAUUGCUUCAACGUGAAGACUGGAGACAGCGUCCACUCUCCGAAGAGAUGGUGCGUUAUGCCAGAACAGAUGCACACUAUCUACUCUACAUUGCCGAUAGUAUGACUGCCGAGCUCAGACAACUAGGCACUGAAGAUUCUUCUAGCACCGAUGACAAAUUCAGUUUUCUUCUCGAGGCUAGUAGACGCUCAAACAUGACCUGUUUACAACUCUACACCAAAGAGACCGAAGAUUUUCCUGGGAAUGCUGCUGCUUCCUCAUUAAUUUACCGUCAUUUAAACGGCCAUGAAGACAACUCUACCAUCUCCUUGGAUCCACCAAAGUUCCAGGAGCUUGUAAGAGAACUUUGCGCAUGGAGAGACUUAAUGGCACGGAUUCACGACGAAAGCACACGAUAUGUCUUGUCUGACCAAGCCGUCAUCGCUCUUGCUUCUAACCAGCCAACCACACCUGAAGAAAUACAUGAUUCUAUAUCUCAAGCUGACUCGUCUUCAGAGUCAGCUGUUAUCUCUAGUCAUCUGGACGAUGUUCAUCAACUGACUCAACACAAGUUAGGCAAGCUCGACGUUAUCUUACCGCUAGUCCUCGACAAAUGCUUGGGAACAGAAGGAACAUGCCCCAUCUCCGUCUUCAACUACUCGCUCUUAAUCAACUUCAACACAAAGCUAACCACCAACCGCUCUACCCCCAAGAGACACAAGAGCCUCAAGAGGUUCACACGGAAGACAUCAAGAGACCUCUUCGUCAAGAAAUUCUCCUGCAAGGCUCCUGUUUACCACAACUGUAGAAUCUACGCCAACGACGGACGUUUGCUAUGCUACUGCGACAGGAGGAAGCUGGAAUGGUACAUGAGCCGCGGCCUCGCGAAGCUGGUGGAAGAAGAUCCCCUCGCGAUAAUGCUUCUGUUCGAACCGAAGGGGCGUCCUGAAGAUGAAGGGAAUGAUUUUUACAUCCAGAGCAAGAAGAACAUUUGCGUUGGGUGUGGCGAAGGGGAUCACUAUCUUCGUUACAGGAUAAUACCUUCUUGCUAUAGAGUUCAUUUCCCUGAGCAUUUGAAGAGUCACAGGUCUCAUGAUAUAGUGCUGCUUUGUGUGGACUGCCAUGAGGUCGCCCACGCUGCUGCCGAGAGGUAUAAGAAAGAAGUGGCUAAGGAGUUUGGGAUCCCUCUCUUUGUUCGUAGAGUGCUUGAUUCGGUGGAGUGUGAAUCAUCAGCAGGUGGUGACAGUGAAGAUGCAGGUGUGUCUCCGUUGCAUCUUAGAACAGCUGCGAUGGCGCUGUUGAGGCAUGGGAAUAGGAUGCCAUCUAGUCGCCGUGAGGAGUUGUUGCAGACUGUGAAGAUGUAUUACGGUGGAAGGGACAUAACUGAAGAAGAUUUGGAAAAGGCUUUGCUUAUUGGGAUGAGUCCUCACGAGAGAAGAAAACUCGAAAGGAAGAAAGGUGUCUCUCUCAAACAAGAAAACAGUAGCAAUGAUGCUGAUGCAAACAGCUUUGAGGAAGCUCCUCCUGGAGGUGAUACGAAUGGAGAAAGUAGCGUAGUUGGUGAUGAUAGUGGAGGAGAUGGAGCUCCAGAGCUAAAUGAUACUCAAUGUAAGGGAAACAUAUUGCACCAACAGAACUCGAAGCUCUCUUUGUUGGGACAUGGACCGCACGGGAAACAGGUUGUAGAGUAUCUUUUGAAUGAGUAUGGAGAGGAUGGUGUUCGUGAUUUCUGUCAGAGAUGGAGGAAAGUUUUUGUUGAUGCUCUUCAUCCUCGUCAUUUGCCUGGUGGCUGGGAUGUUACUCACAGUGGACGAAGAGACUUUGGCGAAUUCAGCGUUUAUAAUCCCACAAAGAAAGUCUCCACCGGGUAACUCAACUUUGUAUCUGUCUGUUUUUUUUUGCUACAUCUCUGUUUUGACAAUUUUGUCAUCAACGAGGAAACGAGUCCAUUCAGUUGUUUGUUGUAUUUUUUUGUAGACCUCUCUAUAUACUUUGUUUUUGGUUAACAAUCUGAUAUUUUGAGUCUAUCAGCAUGAUCUUGCCUUG